AUGUCCGCUCUAGCUAAGAAGAUGAUGGAGAAGUACGGGUGGAAGGAAGGCGAGGGACUUGGCAAGGAGCGCUCCGGCAUUAAGUCUUACGUGAAGGUGACUCGCCGCGACCCUCACACCGCCACCGGCCUCGGCCACGCCGCUGACCCUGCGCAGGGCGGCAGCUUGGCUUCGACACACGCCGUCGAACUCGACGCCAUCUACGGCCAGCUCCACAAAGAGACGAGGAAGCGACAGCGGCAGUCGAACAAGGCGCGCGUAGACCAAGGCAAUAACUCUGAAGAUGAAGUGGACCAUGGGGCCGAGUUGAGUGACGUGAGCUCCACCGGCAGCGGUGCGAGCAGCAGUAGCAGCGCGGACAGCAAGUCCGAAGGAAAGUUGGCAGUCGCGGUUCGUGCCGCACUGAAGCGGCAGCGCCGCGCAUCGUCGUCUCCAUCCUCGAACUGUGACAACGACGGUGAUGAUCGUACCGACAGCAAGCGGUCGAAGGGCGAGUACAUAGGCGAUGUCACUCGCAUGUCCGACAAGGAGCUCUUCCAGCGCUGCGGUGGGGUACGCCUCGGCCGUGCAGGUCGCCAUCGCCUCUUUGAUGGGAAGCUGAAGCGCAUACAGGACUCCAGCUAA